CCUGCAAUUGUCAUGCUCGGCGCCGUCGCUCGUCUUGCGGUCGUCCGCGCGGUGGCCCGUCGCCCGGCCGCGCUCCGCCCUGUGGCCGCCGCCCGCUUCUUCUCGUCCGAAGGCAACGACAGCGUGCCCUCCAACACGUCGCGCUUCCUCAAGCUCGCCGACCAGAUCGAAGAGGACGAGGGCUUUGAGCUCGACGAAGGCGACGAGCUGGUCGCCGAGGUCGACCCGGCCGACGAGUUCUUCGUGGACCUCAACCCUGGCGGCGUCGGCCUCAGCGAGCGCGACAACAAGCGCAUCUACGACCUCUACAUGGCGGACCCGAUCGCCAACUCGAUCAAGAAGCUCUCGACGGACAACCGCGUCUCGGUCGAGCGCAUUGAAGCGACGAUUGUCUUCCAGGGCCUCGAGCGCGGCCUCUCGAUUGAGGCGCUCCGCGAACAGGUCUUUUCGCUCAAGGAGGCCAAGGCCAAGGAGGAGGUCGCGGCGCCGGCCAAGGGCGGCUUGAAGGCCAAGGUCCACGGCCGCUCCAAGAGCAUCGAGGAGCUUGCGCUCGAGACGAGCAGCAACAACGAUGCCAAGGACAUGAACGACGAGGACAUGACCGAGGCCGACUUUAUGACCAACGAAGAGUGGGAGGAGUACAACAAGGAAGACAAGAUCCGCGAACCCGACUUCAUCUUCCUCAGCGACGAGCACGACGAGCUUCCGCCGCUCCACCGCCAGUACGGCAAGCGCAACCUCUCGGACCAGCUCACGGUGGCCGAGGCCAAGCGCCUCCAGGCCGGCGCCGAGAAGAACAAGGUGACGCUCCUCCCGAGCUUCGCCAAGGCGCUCAACCCGACGGGCAAGUUCAAGAUUGCCAUCAAGGACAUCUCGACCAAGCGCGCGCCGCUCUACAUGCGCGACGUCGACGGGUCGCUCCGCCUCGCGACGGACGAGGAGGUCGUGAAGCGCUCGUGGGUCAAGCGGCCGUCGUACUUCCAGGGCAUUGAGCAGUACGUGUAAGACGUUUUUUGCCAAAGCCAUCAGUAGGAGAUAAUAAUAGAGAUCUAUGGACUUGGAAGAACCA